AUGGCGGCGUCGACCAGUACAGCCAGUCCCCAACAAUCACCACCACCUCCACCACCCCCAGUACCGGAGUCAACGGAUGAGUCUGCGGCGAAGAUUGUUCAUAAACGAUAUGAAGGGCUUGUGAUGGUUCGUACGAAAGCGAUUAAAGGGAAAGGAGCUUGGUAUUGGGCUCAUUUAGAGCCGAUUCUUGCUCAUAAUCCCGACACCGGUUUACCAAAAGCCGUCAAGCUCCGGUGCUGUUUAUGUGGUGCCGUUUUCUCCGCUUCAAAUCCAUCAAGAACAGCCUCCGAGCAUCUGAAAAGAGGAACUUGUCCAAAUUUCAACUCUGAUUCUAACCCAAAACCGAUUUCCUCCAUUUCACCAACUGGAAUGAUGAAUUUAUCGUCUCCGACGUCGUCGUCCUCGCCUCAGCCGCCGCAGAACCACCGCAAACGUAACUCCGGCAACCGUAACAGGGCCACCAAUCCUCCCACGACAUACUCGGUUGCUCCGAUUACAAUGAUUGAACCAGCAAGAUUCUUAAUCGAGGGGUCGUACCCAACCCGACCUGAGUCAAUGCCUGCAUUGCCGGCGCCGUCGACGUCGGCAUUGCCGGCGCCGUCGACGUCGACGUCGCCGGCUGUUAUGGCUGUAAGCAGUAGUGGGUUGUACUCUCAGCAUCACCAUCAGUACCACCAUCAGCAGCAACAUAUGAUGUUAUCAGGUGGGAAAGAAGAUUUGGGUGCUUUAGCGAUGUUUGAAGAUAGUGUGAAGAAAUUAAAAUCUCCAAAAACAUCACCUGGUCAAACGUUGACGAAAUCACAAAUCGAUUCAUCGCUCGAAUUAUUAACAGAUUGGGUGUAUGAAAAUUGCGGGUCAGUUUCGUUUUCGAGUUUAAAUCAUCCAAAAUUCAAAACUUUCUUGAAUCAACUCGGGUUACCGGUAAUCUCCCGCCGGGAACUUGCCGGCGAACGACUGGAUUCCAAGUACCAAAAUGCGAAGUCUGAAUCAGAAGCUCGAAUUCGAGACGCAAUGUUCUUCCAAAUUUCAUCAGAUGGAUGGAAAUCAAAACCAGGUGAAAAGUUGGUGAAUUUAUCUGUGAAUUUACCGAAUGGAACAAGUGUUUUCCGAAGAGCUGUUUUUACAAAUGGGUAUGUAUUUUCAAAGUAUGCAGAGGAUGUUUUAAUGGAAACGAUCAUUGAAAUUUGUGGGAAUAAUUUACCACAAUGCGUGGGCAUUGUUUCUGAUAAAUUCAAAUCAAAAGCGUUAAAGAAUCUCGAAAACCAACAUCAAUGGAUGAUCAAUCUCUCUUGUCAGUUUCAAGGAGUUAACAGUUUGAUUAAAGAUUUUAACAAGGAGCUACCAUUGUUCAAGUCCGUGACAGAUAAUUGUUUUAAACUAGCAAAUUUCGUGAAUACCACAUCUCAAAUUAGAAAUUCUUUUCUCAAAUAUCAGUUUCAAGAAUCCGGGCGAGCCAGAUUGCUCCGAGUUCCAUUCAAAGCCAGUGAAAUCGAAUUCGAAUUCGAACCCGUGUUUAACAUGGUGGAAGACAUCUUAACCUCCGCAAGAACAUUACAAUUGGUUUUACUCGACGAUAGUUACCAAAAACUAUCAAUGGAAAACCAACUCGCGAGGGAGAUUGAAGAAACAAUCCGAAAUCCCCAAUUUUGGAGGGAAAUCGAAGCCGUUCAUUCCUUAGUCAAGCUAAUUAAAUCCAUGGCUCACGAAAUCUCAAAGGAAAGACCACGAAUCGGGCAAUGUCUACCACUAUGGGAAGAACUCAGAGUGAAACUCAAAGACUGGUGCUUAAAGUUUCAGAUGAACGAAACCCACGUCGACAAAGUGUUCGACAAAAGGUUUAAGAGAAACUAUCACCCCGCUUGGGCUGCCGCAUUCAUCCUCGACCCAUUCUAUCUAAUCCGAGAUAGAACAGGGAAGUAUUUACCACCUUUCAAAUGCUUAACUCCCGAUCAAGAAAAAGACGUAGACAAACUCAUAACACGUCUCGUAUCCCAACAAGAAGCUCAUAUCGCAUUAAUGGAGCUCAUGAAAUGGCGAACAGAAGGGCUAGAUCCAGUGUAUGCGCAAGCUGUUCAAUUAAAACAAAGAGACCCCAUUUCGGGUAAAAUGAAAAUCGCUAAUCCACAAAGUAGCAGGUUAGUUUGGGAAACUUAUUUAACAGAGUUUAAUUCUUUGAGGAAAGUUGCAGUGAGGUUGAUUUUUCUUCAUGCCACGUCAUGUGGGUUUAAAUGGAAUUGGUCUUUCUUGAAAUGGGCUCAAUCGAGGAGUGGAAUGGAAAAAGCUCAGAAAUUGAUCUUUAUUGCUGCUCAUUCUAGGGUUGAAAAAAGGGAUUUCUCAAAUGAUGAUGAAAAAGAUGCAGAAUUUUUUGCAGUGGCUAAUGGUUAA